UCUCCCCUAUAAUAAUCCAGAAAAAUGAAAAGAAAAAAGAGAAAAAAAAAAAGAAUGUGAAUGCGUUGCGUGAACCAAAUAAACUCCAAAUGCAAUUGUCGAUACCUUAAAAUCCAUUCCUCUUCCUCCCCGCACCCGACACCCCUCUUCCCUUUCAACGAGGUGUAUUGCCCGAGAAGAGGCUAGGGUUUUGCCGAAACCCUAGGGCCGCUACUUUCUCCUGCUCCCUCCCCCCCAAUCCCGAUUCCAUGGAGGAAGAAGCCCUAGGAGAGGUCCCCGACGCGCUCGGCGCUCAUCAAUCUCCCGCCGCGGACCCCCCGUUGCCGCCGAGAGAGGCCGAGGGCGGCGGCGGCGCCGCGGCCCCCCAAUGCGAACCGACUGGGGAAGGCGACGCGGCGGCGGAUGAUCCCCGACCCGUCCCCGCCCCCGGCCCCGAUUCCGCGGGGAGCGAGGAAGAAGCUCGUGAAUGCCGCGGCGGGGAUGGUGCUGCGGGUGAAGAGGAUGAGAAGAUGCAUGGGGAUGCAAAUGCCGUUGUGUUCGGCGAUGGCGAUGGUGGAGGCGGCGAUGCUCUGAGUGGAGAGGGCGCAGAGAUGGAUGGGCGCGCCAAUUCGGCCGCCGCUGAAGGUGCUGGCGCCGGUGCCGUGGAAGAAGAGGCGGACACCGAAUUUGGCGAUGCUGUGGGUGAAGAGGACGCAGAGAUGGGCGAGCGCCUGCCUGAUUCGGCCGCGGCCGAGGCCGAAGUUGACGGUGCCGCGGAAGAAGAGGCCACACCAAUGGACGAGUGCCCUGAUACAGUUGCCGCUGUUGCUGUGGAGGAGGAGGCUGUGAACAUGGGUGAGGUUCCGAAUACCGCUGCCACGGGUGAUAAGGUUGGCGAACAGGACGAUGCCAUGGGUGAAGAGGCUGCAGAGGUUGCAGAGAAUAAGGAGUCUCCAGAGUACCCUAACUUGGUCCCCUUUGUUGCUACUGAAACUGGGGAGGAAGAGGCCGAAAAAACGAAGGAGGUUCCUGAUGCUGCUGCAGACGAAACGGUGGAGGAAGAGGCCGCAGAUAUAAAUGAGGUUUCUGAUACUGCCACAGGAGAAACUGUGGAAGAAGAGGCCGCAAUGAAUGGGGUUGUUGAUACCAUGGUAGAUGAAACUGUGGAGGAAGAGGCUGCAAACAUGAACGAGGUUCUUGACCCUGCAGUAAAUGAAACUGUGGAGGAAGAGGCCACAAAUAUGAACGAGAUUUCUGAUGCUGCUGCUGACGGUGAUGAUGGUGGCAGGCCUGACAGUGAUUUCGGUGAAGGGAAUGCACAGAUUGACACCUGCCCUGAUUCUGCUGCUGCCCCCACAGGCAACUAUGUGGUGGAAGAAGAUGCUGCUCAAAUGGAUGAGUGCCCUAGGAUGGACGCUGCCGCUGCCAACGCUGAUGAAGAUGUGGAGGAAGAGGAUGCAGCCGCCUCUGCUGAUGAAGCUAUGGAGGAAGAGGAUGCAGCUGCCUCUGCUGAUGAAGCUGUGGAGGAAGAGGAUGCAGCUGCCUCCGCUGAUGAUGCUGCGGAGGAAGAGGAUGCAGCCGCCUCCGCUGAUGAUGCUGCGGAAGAAGAGGAUGCGGACAUGAAUGAGGUUCCCAAUACUGCCACCGCCGCCAGUGAUGGCGGAGAUGGCGAAGAAGAGACACAGAUUGAGGAGUGCCCUGAUUCUGCCGUUGCCGCCACGGAUGAAGCUGAGGAAGAGGCUGCGCAGAUGGAUGAUGGGGACGAUGAGCCCCCUCCAGUGGUUGUGAGGAGAGGUGGAGGGCGGCGGAAGAGGGGCCGCCAGCCGAGGGCUCAGGUUGCAAGGACCCCAGGCAAAAGGAAGGAGAAGGAUGGUGAAGAAGUAUGCUUCAUUUGCUUUGAUGGAGGUGAUCUUGUAGUCUGUGAUCGCAGGGGUUGUCCAAAGGUUUAUCACCCUUCAUGUGUUAAUAGGGAUGAGGCCUUUUUCCGAGCAAAGGGUCGGUGGAACUGCGGUUGGCACAUUUGUAGCAACUGCGAAAAAUCUGCACACUUUAUGUGCUUUACUUGUACGUUUUCUUUAUGUAAAGGGUGUGCAAAAGAUGCUGAGUUUUUAUGUGUUAGAGGAAGUAAGGGCUUUUGUCAGACAUGCUUUGGUACUGUGAUGUUGAUAGAGCAGAAGGAGCAGGGAAAUGAGACAAUGGAUGGAGUAGAUUUUGAUGACAAGAACAGUUGGGAGCAUUUGUUUAAGGACUAUUGGUUAGAUCUCAAGGGAAAGUUAUCAUUGACAUUCGACGAAUUAUGUGCCACUAAAGCUCGACAGAAGGGAUCUAUUGUUUCUGUUCCUGAUGAGGAAUCUUCUGAUGAUGCAUGUGGUACACAUGGUGACCGACGGGAAAAUAAUUCAGACAGUUCUUUAGGGCAUCGCAAUGAAAUCACUGUGUCAAGGAAGAGGAAAAAAAAACGAUCAAUGUCUCCAGCAAAAUCCCCUGCAAGGGAGGAUGGAUCCAUGAAAAAGGGAAGUAUCCGGACUUUCUCUAGGCAAAAGAAGGCCAAGAAACUACGCAAGCAAACUACUUACAAUGAGGAGCCUGCAAAAGAAGCAGAAGAAAGUGCGGGGACAUCUACUUCUGAGAACAUCAAUUGGGCUUCAAAUGAGCUACUGGAUUUUGUGGCGCACAUGAAAGAUGGCGAUCGAUCUGCACUAUCACAGUUUGAUGUUCAAGCCCUUCUACUCGAGUAUAUUAAACAAAAGAACCUCCGCGAUCCUCGUCGAAAGAGUCAGAUUGUUUGUGAUUCACUGCUACAGAAUCUAUUUGGCAAACCAAGAGUCGGGCAUUUCGAAAUGCUGAAGCUUCUAGAAUCACACUUUCUCACGAAUGAGGCCUCACCGGUGGACACGGAUGAGAACCAGGGAGGGGUUGUAGAUCCUGAUCCAAAUCAGGUGGCUGCUGAAGGAAGCAGCGGUGGAUCGACAAUGGUUGGUUCAGAUAAAAGACGGAAAUCACGUAAAAGGUCUGAGAGAGGACCACAAACCAACCUUGAUGAGUAUGCGGCAAUAGAUGUCCACAACAUUAAUUUACUCUACUUGCGUCGCAAUCUAGUGGAGGAGUUGGCAGACGAUAUUGAUACAUUUGAUGAGAAAGUUGUUGGGUCGUUUGUGAGAAUAAGGAUAUCUGGUACGGGACAGAGACAAGAUAUAUAUCGCCUAGUACAAGUUGUUGGAACUGGUAAGGCAGCAGGGAAAUAUAAAAGUGGAAAAAGGAUGACAGAUGUAACUGUGGAGAUAUUAAAUUUAGACAAAAAGGAGUCUAUAACUAUUGAUAUCCUGUCAAAUCAGGAUUUCACUGAGGAGGAAUGCAAGCGCUUAAGGCAAAGCAUAAAGUGUGGAUUUAUUGGACGGCUGACUGUGGGAGAGGUGCAGGAGAAAUCGAGGAUUCUACAACCUGUGAAAGUCAGUGAUUGGAUCGAAAGUGAGAAGUUACGACUUAGUCAUCUCCGUGAUCGUGCAAGUGACAUGGGCAAGAGAAAAGAGCUUAGAGAAUGUGUUGAAAAGCUGCAGCUUCUGAGCACUCCUGAAGAGCGUAUCCGUAGGCUUAAUGAAAUACCAGAAAUUCAUGUUGACCCUAAAAUGGAUCCAGACUAUGAGUCACCCGAGGAAGUAGAAGCUGAUGAGAAAAGAGAUAGCUUUAAUAGACGAAGAGAUUUCUUCCUUAGAAGAGGAAAAGAGUUACCAUCGCCUAUUUCCAGUGAAAGCCGGGUCGGUGCACGGAGAAAUUCAAAAUUCAACUGGGAAUCCAACAGAACGACAUCAACUGAAGUAGAAUCACCUACUACCUUGAUUGAUAAAGCAAAUGAAUAUUCUGGAGAUAAAGAUUUUCACCAAACAAGUAAUUUGGAAACUCCAAAGUCUGGUGUAGAUAAAAACAUUGUAGAGGUUAAUUUGAACAAUAAGCAACAUGGACAAUUAUCCAGUACCCUUACUCAAACUCCAGCUACUGGGGCCUCGACACCAUUGAAUAUCAAUGAAUCAGAAAAGAUCUGGCACUAUGUAGACCCAUCCGGGAAAAUCCAAGGCCCUUUUUCAAUGAUCCAGCUGAGAAAGUGGAACACAACUGGGUAUUUCCCACCUAACUUGAGGAUAUGGAAAAAUUCUGAGCGGCAAGAGGACUGUAUUUUGCUGAGCGAUGCUCUUGCAGGGAAGUUUGAAAAGGAUUUAUCAGAGUUGGAACCUCAGCGUAGCAGCUCUUCUCAAUCUAAUGUUGUUACGACAAAGAGCAUCUUGGAAGGUGGCUUAAGAGGAGUUAAUAAUCAAAGCAAUGAAAGCUACUCUGCUACUGGUGUUAAUGAGCUGGCAAAAGUUGAAAGGGUUGGAUUCACUUCGAGUGCAGGGGAAGCAUCAAAGGAUGCUAAUAGUAAUAACUCUUUAAGGCAAUGGCAAGGCCAGACUGAUCCGAGGUCACUGGUUCUUUCCCCUAGGGCUCCAUAUGCAUCACAACCGUACCAAUCUGUCCAACCAGGAUAUGCCUCAUCGGAUCAGUUGGCAAGUAAUUUAAGAAACUUGGUGGCUCUUCCUCAGCAUUCAAGUAAUUUGAAUGUUUCAGUUGUUCAAGGGUCUACUAUUAAGCAGCCGGCUAUUGGAGAACCACAAAGCAUUGGCAAUCCACAAAAUCAAAGUAAAAUAGACGGCCCUGGUAAUAUUUAUGCAUCAUCUCUUGAUAAAGAUCCUGAGUUGCCACCUAGGGAUGAAAGGCUUGCUGUUAGUGGCGUUUCAAAUGUUGAUUCUGUUGUUGGUCCUGCAUUUGGAUAUUUGUCUGUGCCUUCUUCUGUCUCUCUUCAAGGUGAUUCUCUGAAUAGAAGUUCAACUCUUUUGGCUGAAGCAGAUUCGGUGGACAACAGAAUGGGUUCUUUCUUUAAUUCACAUACAGGAUCUACUCCAGCACCAGAUAAUGCCAUUUCUGAAGCUGGUCAAUCGACUGUCCACCAUCUCAGAGAAUCUAGUUUAAAAGAAAAUUUUGUUGAUACAAACCCUACAUAUCCACCGGCUGAGCCUCUAUCAGAAAAGAGCAAUGCGCAACAGCCAGAAUCGAGCUUCUCAAUUCCUCAGCCUGUAAUGAAUCCUUGUAACUUUGUCGCACCAAACGCAAUCAACAUUCAACAGCAGAUGGCUUUGCAAACUACAACUAUGCAAUCAGGAAAUACGCCUACUGAACCCACGCUUCCCCCCAAUUCUAAUUUUAUGCCUACAGCUAAUACUCAGAACGUUGGAUGGGCAAUGCUCCCACAAAAUGGAAAUGCUAGUUCAGCACAAGCUCAGGGAAACAACAAUAUGAACUAUGGAGCACCGAUGCAAGGAAACCCUAAUAUGGUCGGGCUAGUUCCAGGUCAGGCCAAUAUGAACAUGGCUUGGGGAACUCCAGCACAGGGUGUCACAAAUUUCAACAACAUGGGUUUAGCUCCACCAUUACCACCAGGUCCACCACCUCAGACAAAUACAAUGGUGACCACAGGUUGGGUUGCUCCACCUAGUCAGGGAAGUAACCAGGCCAUGAAUAUGGCCUGGGUUCCGCAGGGCCAGGGGAGUGCUAACCCAACUACCUUUUGGACACCCGCAAUGCAGGGAAAUCCAGCGAACACUUGGGGGGCAUUUCCGCAGGGAAACACAAACCCUUUUCCUAUGUGGAUACCACCAACAAUGGGAAACCCUAAUCACAACAUCGGUUGGGCAGCUCCACCGCAGGGGAAUAAUAUGGUUCCAAAUCCUAGUAGUGUGAGUGGACAAGGAAAUAUGAAUAUGAAUUGGAACCAACCAAAUGCCAACCCUAGCAACUGGGGUACUCAACAAGCUACCGACAGUGGAGCUAGGGCUCCGUGGAAUAUGGCACCGGCACAGCUGGGGCAUAGAGCAGGAGUAUGCAAAUACCAUGAGUAUGGGCACUGCAAGAAAGGGGCUUCUUGUAAUUAUCUUCAUCCACCAAAAAAUUAGGGAGCAGUAAAAGCGAUCUGGUUUCUUUUCUUUAUCUCCCUACUCUUAAUUUCCCUUACAUUUCGUUGUUGUACAGUUUAUGUUUUUUCACUUUGGUAGGUCUGCAAAACCAUAAAAGCUUGAGAUCUGUGGUUUAUCAGGCCAUGUAGAACUUUUGCAGGCAAAUGGUGCAUAUGCAGCCUUCAAUUCCGCUGCAUGUUUUUGGGUUUAAUUGGCUUCUAACUCCUCAUACUGAAAUUUAUAAAAUGUUUCAUCUGGAUGUAGAUUUUUUUUUUC